AUGCACCUCCCUGUUUCCAUUAACGAACAGCCCGUCCACGAGCGUGCGCCGUGGACCCGAGACAAGGCCAAAGUCCAGCGUCGGCUUGCGAGGUGGAGGAAAAAGAGAUGGUACGACGACAACGCUGAGAGAUUUGGAUUGUCAAAGGCAUGGUUUGAUGAUCAUGAAGACCAAUGGGAGUGUACAGAACUCCUCGGCAAGGGAUCAUUCGGCGUGGUAGGCCAAUGGACGAAGUUCGACAAACAUGGAAGAGCCGUGGAUACCAUAGCAAUCAAGCAAACCGACAUCGACGAGCGCGAAGUCGACCGCAACAACAACGUCACUAUCCCCUGGGAAGUGCUGAUCAUGCGAGGCCUCGCCGACCAAGGCUGCCGCAAUGUCGCCGGGAUCCGCAAAUACAAACUGUUCCUCGGCGGCUCGAGAGCCAGGUGGCGAUAUUACCUUGAAUACCACCGUCACGGGACCCUGGAUGAUUUGGUGGAGAGGUAUAAAGACCAUAAUCGGAGACAUCCGAGACAUAGGGACCACAUCCCCGAAACAUUCAUGUGGCAGGCCUUUCAUGACUUCGCCCUCGCAGCAUACCAUAUGAGCACGAUCCGGUUCGACAAGAGUGUUGCGCCACCAGGAGACGAUCAUUUCGUGCUGCAUUUGGAUUUGAAGCAUGAGAAUGUUCUCCUCUGCGAACCGCCCACGUCACGAAACUCCCUCCCUUAUCCCACGCUGAAAGUGGGCGACUGGGGCAUGGCAGAGUACACCAGUCGCCAGGACGUCAACAACAGCAAGCGAUGGAAGUGUUACGGAACUAUUUGUUGGUUUCCACCGGAACAACGAAAAUACGGCGCCUACGGCUCCGACUGGACAUACCCGAUCCUCGGCGGGCCCGACCACCCAUUCACGAUAUCCCACACAAUCUGGCAAAUGGCCGCCAACAUCUACGGCAUGAUGCAGCUCGACAUGGACAACCAGGACUUACAUACGCGGAUCAACGACUGGGAGUCGGCCGAGACGUCGCUCCGUCAUAAUGGAUACUCUGUGCUCAGGGGUUGGAAGAAUCCGCAUUAUACUUCGACACUGAGGCAUUUGGUUGAGGAUUGUUUGAAUGUUGAUCCGACGAGACGCCCGACGCCGGUGGAUUUGGUUCGUAGUACGAAGAAGGGAGUGGAUGCUUGGGUGGAUGAGUAUAGAAGGAAAGGUAAAGUUGAGAAAUUGAGAUUGGGGUAG